AGAAGAGAGAGGAGGAGGAGGACAGGACAGGAAAAUAAGGGGGCUUCCAUUUGAAAUUCCUCGCGUGGGGAUAUGAAGUCCUGGAGCAGUGCAGAGGCAACGGCAGGAAGCUGGAGGGUGACAGAGAAGAGGUCGACAACCGAGGGGAAAGAAGGAGGAACGACGAGGAGAAUCUGAGCUGAGAGAGACUGGAGGGAUUCUUUUUUUCUCCAAUUUUUAAUUCCUUUGCAAAAGAGACAGACAAGGCAGCGAUGCAGGGCUCUCACUGGGAGUGUGUGGUGUGUCUGACAGCGUCGGGCUGCCAUGGCUCUGGUUCAGGCACUACCAGUGACCGUGACUGACCACUCCAAUCCAGGUCUCGAAGUCCAGCAGUGUCGGCCGCUAUCAUCCCACUCCCCCUCAGGCCCCUGCUCUGUCCCCUGUGGGCCCUGCAGCUCCGGGACAGCCAUGGGUUCUGUCAGCAGUCUCAUAUCGGGCCGGACGUACCAGGAGAAACACUGCCGGGCCGCAAGCGAGUUCGCCACCAAACCACGGCGCUCCACACCAGCUACCAGCUGCUUCCGGCUUCAAGAUAACACUCUCCGCAGCGGGAGCUCUUUAGAGCAGUUGCUGGUUAUCAGCCACCAAACGCAGCCUCAGGCCCACGUUCUGCCCCCGCCGCUGCCCACCAAGAAGCAGCCUCGGCCCGGAAACUCAGCUGCAACAGUGGGUGGCAUUAAUGGGAACUUUGGGUACGUGAGCGAUGACGUGGUGGUCGGGGACUGGAACGACAACCUGGUGGCAGCUGCAAGCCCCUGCAGUGACUCAGAGGAGCAAAGGGAGAACAGGACACUGAACGGCAACAUUGGAGGACCUCCACCCAAACUCAUCCCAGUGUCUGGACAGUUAGAGAAGAAUAUGGAGAAAGUGCUGAUCCGCCCCACAGCGUUUAAACCCGUCAUUCCCAAGAAUCGUCACUCUGUGCAGUACCUGUCACCGCGGCCAGGGGGAACCAGUCUGUCAGAGAGCCAGGCCAGCCUCAGCCUCCUGCUGCCCCUCGGAGGAGCCAACAUCUCCAGCAGCACCAAAGUUAAUGGAGGGAGCAGCAACUCCAGCACGGAAGGGAAACGCAACUCCUACAGUGGUGGUCGCAAUCCUCGGAGCAGCCAGUCCUGCUCCAUGUCAGAUUCAGGGAGGAACUCCCUCUCCAGCCUCCCCACUCACAGCAGUACAGGCUACAGUCUGGCCCCCAGUGAGGGCUCCAGCUCUGGAUCUGGCUCCGGGGGCCAGCUGGAGCCUGUCACAGGUCUGGGUCGAAACACUUCAGGUGGAAGUGGGAGCCACGGUCACACUAACUCGGACAGUGGACGUUCCUCAUCCAGCAAGAGCACAGGCUCGGGGUCGCUGAGUGGGCGCGGGCAGCCCCUGUCAGACAGCGGGUCCUGUGGCCACUCGCCACCCCUGGUGGAGGGUUACGAGGCGGUAGUGAGGGAGCUGGAGGAGAAGCUUAGGGAACGAGACCUGGAGCUCCAGCAGCUCCGGGAAAAUCUGGAUGAGAAUGAAGCUGCUAUCUGCCAGGUGUAUGAGGAGAAGCAGCGGCGCUGUGAAAGAGAGAUGGAGGAGAUGAGACAGAGCUGUUCCUCGAAGAUGAAGCAGGCCUCUCAGAAAGCCCAGAGGGCACAGCAGGUGUUACAGUUACAGGUAUUUCAGCUACAGCAGGAGAAGAAGAAGCUGCAGGAGGACUUCUCCUCGCUGCUGCAGGACAGAGAGACGCUGGAGAGGAGGUGUGCCACCAUCCAGAGGGAGCAGACACAGCUUGGGCCACGUCUGGAGGAGACAAAGUGGGAGGUGUGUCAGAAGUCAGGAGAGAUCUGCCUCCUGAAACAGCAGCUGAAGGAGCUCCAGUCAGAGCUGAGCCAGAAGGCAGGAGACAUUGUUGUCCUGAAGGCCCAGCUCAGAGAAGCCCGGUCGGAACUGCAGGCCAGCCAGGUUCGAUCCCAGGAGGCCCAGGCGGCCGUGCGGACGCGAUCACUGGAGCUCGAAGUCUGCGAGAAUGAACUCCAGAGACGCAAGAGCGAAGCGGAGCUGCUGCGGGAGAAAGUGGGCCGCUUGGAGGAUGAGUCGGCCCGGCUCCGUGACACUCUGUCCAAUCACACCUCAGUACCUGGAAAUGCAAUCAUGAAGGGGCAAUGUAUAAACCUGUCCCUACAACACGGCAGAGGUGUGGCAGGAAGGACCGGUCCCAGUCCUUCUCUGUACCGAGAUGGGGAAGAGACUCAUUUGGUCUGGGGCGGAGAGAGUGAUGAGGCCAAGGCUCAGAGACAGAAUGCAGAAACAGUGUUGGGACUCAGGCAACAGAUGGACAGAGUGAAGGCUGAGCUCAUGUACGAGAGGAGGACGAGUGAAGAGCACCUCUCUCGGUUCGAGGAUGAGAGGAGGGUGUGGCAGGAGGAGAAGGAAAAGGUCAUCCGCUACCAGAAACAGCUGCAGCAGAACUACAUCCAGAUGUACCGCCGAAACCGGGACCUUGAGCGGGUGAUGAGGGAGCUGAGUCUGGAGCUGGAGAACAGGGAUAUGGAGGACUAUGAGGUUCACAGCGGCAGCAACGACAUCCACUUUGAGGAGAUCACGGCCACUGAGAUCUAGACACACACACACACGCACUUGCAGUAAUAUGAGCACAGGAACCCACACACAUAAAUCUUGAACUCUUCGACAUGGUUUUACCUGGACCACUGAGCUCUCACCACUUAUCACUGUCAGAACCUAAAUCGCCCAGAGGUGAAUUCUCACUCCAAUAAAUCCUCACAAGGUGUCCGGCCCCAGAGCUUUCAAUGAGUUUCAUCCCAAUCCAAAGCCAGCACAAAGACUUCUUUCCUUCUGUUGAAAAAGCAGUUUUUAAAAAGUGUUUCUUUAGCAGACCACGUUCAAAUCAGGGUAUCGAAGAUCUGCGGGAACUUAAAGCAAAAAAUGUUACUGCGCGUGGAGUUGCACUUUUUCCUGGUAGCACGUAAGGUUUCAGGCAGCGGGCCACCAGCAUGCACGUGAUGAUGCAUCAUGACAAUUAGUCCUGUCAACAUCAACGCCACCACUGUUGAUCACCUGUCCAAGCUGUGCUCAUUCUCAACUCCAUAGACAUAUAUAUAUGAAGAUGGAUGACACUUCCCCACUUCCUCCAAAAGAUGAAGCUACAAUUUCCCGGAUAUGCUUUAGACGUGAUUUGGAACCGGACUCUCCACAGUAGUGAUUCAGGGAUGGAUAAGUCAUUCUCAGCUUUCAAACCAUGACGUUUCACCCCAUUAUGUUGCAUCCAAUUAUUAACAAAAAAUUCACACUAACUAACUAACCUACGUGUGAUUAGAACUACUGAAAUGACAAAAAACUUUGUUUAGCUUAGACUCUUCAGUUUGGUCUGCAUCCCAUCCAUUUAAGCCUAGUUCACACCAUACGAUGUGUAGCCCUAUUUGCAACUCGCCAAUAAAAUCCCCCGAUCGGUGCAGAUCUGCAGUUGCUAAUUACAAACAUCAGCAAAGUGUUUCAAGCUCCUAUCACAUUUCCAGAUGUAGUCGGAGUCUGCAAAAACUCCAGCCAAUCAGAGUGUAGGACGUGAUGAGGUGCCCUCUGAUCUUUGUCAGUAAUUGGCGACAAAACAAGCAAGUUCAAAACCUAGCAGAGCAGCAGCAUGUCGGGUUCGGACAGAAACAAAAGGUGAAUGCCUGACUGGUCGGUCAGGCUCGGUUAAAUUUAGGCCUCGAACAGGCUUGGAAAGAAAAAACAGGACCCGAGCUGCUCUCUCUUCUUUACAACUGUCUCCACUGAACCGUUUCACCUCCUCCAGCUUGAUGUGUCAUUCGGAGAGCAGGAUGGAUCUCUUAGACGGUGUCCUCUUUUUAUGAUUAAAGAAACACUCGUCAGGGUUUGUCCGAGGGAAAAGAGCAGUCGAGUAGCGCAAACUCACAGCGACUGCAAGUCUCCUGAUCACAAGAUACAAGUUGUGUUGUGUUCGCUGGCCAGUGAUCUGCUGUCUGAGUCCUGUAGUGUUAACUUGGCUUAACUUUUAAGGAAGCGAAGUAUAUGAAUUAUACUGCAGCCAGCCAACAGGGGGCGAUCAAGAUGAUUUGGCAUCACUUUCAGGGCCACUUCAUUUCAUCCAUCUUCAUAUACAACACAAAAUGUAACUGCUAAAAGGGAUGCAACACUAUAACAUCCGCUGUUUGUAUUUGAUAGUGUUGAGAUGAUCAGUAGAUCACUUCAUGUUAUACAGAGGAUAAGAAUACUUUAGUUCUUGAGGUAUUUCCUCAGCAGUGUGUAUUUGAAAAGGAAUGUAUUGUGACUGUUACCACUCCAGAGAAAUGCAGUAUAAAUGGGCAACAGAAGAAUCGGCUCACCGAGGGAUACGCAGGAUUAUUUUGCACAACUUCCCUUCCUCUCUCCAGUGAAGCAAGCGAUCACACUCAAAACAAACCAGGCUUUACAUUUGGCUCUUGGUUUGCUUACACGUGGACGUCGUUUUCUGCCCUUUCCCAAACCACAGAGGAUGUAGAGGCUCGGAGUUCAAAGGAAAACGGUUUAUUUGAACGCCCGGCCAUGUUUUCUAGACCACCAAGAGUCUCUGCUUUUGCACUUGAUCAAGGUGUCAACUCAUUCACAAGCUCUGACAUAAACAUUUACAUUUUUGUGUAGCACGAGGAAGCAGACUGUAGCAUGGUAGAUAUCAACAGGAUGCUGCUGAUUCUCCUUUUUCUCUGUCUUCUUCCGCCUUUGUCUCUCUACUAUCUCUAUAUCUGCUCUUUUCUCAGCUAUUUUUAUAACACUGAAAAGCACCUCCGCGGUCGGUAUCAGGAAACUGUAAAUGGAGCAAAUUCCUUCAGUUUGGUCACCACGUCACUCAGAGAUAUAAGCCAGUGUUUAAACCAUAGGCAUGAGUUUCCAUUUAUUCAGCUUCUCUCCCAUUAGUGCUCUUUAUUUGGCUUUUGGCAGCCAAAAGCCAAAUAACAUUUUUUUCGAAGUCUUCCUAGUCUCCCCCUCUAGACUAUAAUCUUCCAUGACUGCUAAUACAAGUAGCGCGACUGGCAUGUCUGCAUGUCUUUGUUGUAUCAGAUUUCAGAAGACGCUGGCUCAGUUUGCCUUGAGAUGGGGAUUUGCAGAUGCAGUAGCUCCAGCACUGAACGCCCUCGAGGCGGGUCGGCUGUUAAAGCCCUGAAUAUAAACCGAUGAGGAGGAUGUUGGGUCGCUCAGAUUGGCCACAGCGGCGUGGCGGGUCUCUAUGGAAACAAUACUAACGUGCUGAGAACUUUAUUUUACAAAGAGUCUAUAUCACGGAAUAAUAGCUAAAUGGAAAUCUAUAUAAUGGAGGAGAUCUUGUAUAUUUUUUAUAUAUAGCACCUGAAGAUAUUUUGUUGUAGUACUGGUAUAAGUGUGGGUUUAAUAUGCAAAUUAUAAAGACUUAUAUAUAUACAUAUAUAUAUCACAUACCAAUAUUUCAAAUGAUGGAUCAAUUACAAAUGGAGGCAGCAGCAUAGACAGAGUGCACCUAAUACUGUAAUGCAUGAGAAUCUGUUUACAAUAUAUAACCUGUGUGACACAAACUUACAUUAUCUGAAGACCAAACUUUGCAGCUGGUAAAGCAGUUAGAAGCUUUUAUUUAUGGUUCAGGUUUGACCUGUUGUCUCUCCAUUCUUAUUGAUCUGUCACUUGAUGAUCAUAGAGUCACAGCGGUCCGUGUCCUCAUUGUGCGUUUCGCCCUUCAUGAGACGGGUCAGUGACGUCUUCACCGAGUCCAGGUUGGAGCUGAUGUGAUGUUUCCCAUUCUCGGAAAUCCAAUUUAAAUCAAACCUCUUCUAAAGAUAAUAUGACCGGUCUGUGUUUUGCAGGACGUUACCACAUUUAACGUGGCUUAAAGACAUGUUUCAGGAUAUUAAAAAAGUCUGCACUGUGCAUAUAUUGUUAACAUGCAGCUAUGGGAAGUGACUUUUGAAUGGAGCAAGAUUGUCCAACCAUAUUCACUUUGUUAACCAGACGUAGACUGUUACUCACUCCCCACAGGUUAACAGACAAACGACAAGCACAGGUGUUGCACAUCAAACCGACUCCCAAAGGUUCUGUGUUCACGCAGGACCCCCACUCAUUCGUCAUAUCUCAUUCCUCCGUAUUGUUGCGUAAGCGUUUUCUGUGUAAAUAUGUAAAACACUAAAUAGUAUAACAGAGUGACAUUGUUGAGACCAAGUGUCUGUUUUCGAGCGUAGCCACUGUGAUUAGACCAAAGCAACGUAACACAUUUCUUUCUUCUUUUUUUUGUGUGGCAGUUUUCUUUUCAUCCCUUUGUGCAUAUCUUUGUUUCGCUUUCGUUGCGUCCUCCAUAAUUCAUUAAGUAUGUAGUUGUCCAUGUAUAUUUUUACGUGUACAUUUCUUGUACAAAUGACUGUGUUUUUAAUUAAAGAACAAGUUGUCACACCUCA